AUGUCUGAAUUUAUUAAUGUCGAAGACGGAAUAAAAAAAAUUAAGUUUAGUGAAAGGGGUGAAAUAUUGGAAGUUCUAGACAAAACAAUAAUAAAACAUCUCAAAAUGAGGUUUCGAUAUUUAAUAAAAAAAGAAGAAAUUAAAGCUAAACUCAAUGAAUUUUUAAAUUCUUACAAACCUUGGAAUUUUGGAUGA